AUGAGACCGAUCCUCUUGCAAGGGCACGAGCGUGCGCUCACCCAAGUCAAAUUCUCCAAGGAAGGUGACUUGAUCUUCUCCGUCAGCAAAGAUCACGUUGUCUGCGCAUGGUACAGCGCCAACGGCGAACGAUUCGGCACAUUCAAAGGACACCAGGGUGCGCUAUGGACGGUGGAUGUCGACCCUCACACAACUCUGCUGGCUACUGGAGGCGCCGACAACACUUUGCGGUUAUGGGAGGUCAAGACCGGAAAACUGUUGAAGACAUGGGAAUACGCCACCUCCAUCAAGCGAUGUGAAUUCUCCGAGGACGGCCGACAGCUGCUCGGCGUGACGGAGAAGCGUUCAGGACAACUCAGCACCGUGUACGUCUACGACAUCAACCCCGACCCGACCGCCGAGCAGGCCACGGAGGAGAGCCUCCGGAUCGUCGUCGACGACAUCCCCAAAGUCACCGUCGCCGGCUUCUCCUACCUCAACAAAUUCAUCAUCACCGGCCACGAGGACGGCAGCGUGACGCAAUACGACGCCAAAACCGGCGAAGAGAUCCUCCACACCUUCCCGCACGAAGAGAACAUGCAAGUGACCGACCUCCAAUGGAGCGCCGACCGCACCUACUUCAUCACCGCGUCCAAGGACAAGACCGCCAAACUGCAGGACAGCAAGACUCUCGAGGUCCUGAAAACCUACGUCGCCGACACGCCGCUCAACAGCGCCGCCAUCACCCCGGACCCCACCCAAUUCGUCAUCCUCGGCGGCGGCCAGGCCGCCAUGGACGUCACCACCACAUCGGCGCGGCAGGGGAAGUUCGAGGCGCGGUUCUACCACAAGAUCUUCGAGGAGGAGAUCGGUCGCGUGCGCGGCCACUUCGGCCCGCUGAAUUACGUCGCCGUCGACCCCACCGGCAAGUGCUAUUGCAGCGGCGGUGAGGACGGUUACGUCCGCGUGCACCACUUCGAUCCCCCGUACUUCGACUUCAAAUUCGAGGUCGAGCGGGAGAGGGAGAGGAUGUGA